AUGAACAGAGAGGAAAACAUAAGAUCACUGGAGGAAAAAAUAAACGAGUUAGAAAAUUCGAAAAAAGAAUCAGAUGAAAAGGAUGAAGCCAUCCUAAACAUGAGCGAAAAGCUCCUCAUCCUUUCGAACAAAUAUGAUGUCUUGGUGAAGGAAUCGAAGCUACAGGAAGAGGAGCUGAAACAUUUAAAAAAUAAAAAAAAAUACAAAAACGAUAAUACGGAUGAGUUCCUAAUUACACUAAAAAAACAGAAUGAAGAUUUUAAAAAGGACAAUGAAAUGUUAACAAACAAAUAUUCCGACCUGCUCACGGAAAACAGUACCCUUAAGUGUUCAUACAAAAUGCUACAAGAACAGCUGCAGGAGAGUCAGAAAAAUUUGGAACUGGUAAAAAUGCAUAAUACAAAGGAGUUUGACGAGAAAGGCGCCCUUCAAAUUUUAAACCUCGGAACGGGGCUACUGAACAAGACGAGCUUCAGCAAAGAUGGAAAGGAAGGUAAUCCGCUCAAACUAGAAAUAGAGUACAAAGAUAUGAUAAUAAAGAAAUUGCUGCGGAAGAGGUUCACGGAGGAGAUAAUGAAGGGAAUGGACCAAAGCAACAAUGGCAGCUGCAACGGGAAGGACAGUACAAUGGGAAAUGAUUGCCACCAGAAGGGGGAGGACAACUCACAAAAAAAUGACACCUUUAACCACAACGGGGAGCAACUAAUUACAUUCGAGAAAAAACUGGAGGAGAUGUACCAAAAGUGUGUGGAGUCGCAGAGUGACAAUGACCAAUUAAAGAACAAAAUUAAAAAAUUGUCUGAUAAUAUAGAUGACCUGAAAAAGGAAAACGCAGAUUUGUUGGGAAUAAUCGACACUCUGAGGGAGUACAUCAGCAAGGCCUAUCGCGAGGACGUCAAUGUUCACCAAUUUGACGACUUGAUAAACAACCUCCUUAAGGAGAACUCCACCCUGAAUGACGAAUUGUCCAAGCAGAAAAGGAAGAACAUGGUGGACACCUACUUCUUCAACAAAGAAUUGCAACUAAUACAAAGUGACAAAUUUAAAAUUAUAGAAAAAUUUGAUGAGGCCAAUGUGAAUAAUUUCCCCCACCUGUACGAACCGCUAAACGUGACUCUUAACGAAGCUCCACAUGAGUACCAUGACGAGAUGGCUGAAAAGAGGGAAGCAGGACAAGGUAACGAUGAAAUUGCUAAUCCCAACAAGGACAAGGAUGAGAAGAAAAAUGCAAAACAGUCCCACCUGGUCAAGUCCAACAAGCCGGUAAUCACAGACGAGUUGGUUCACACGUACAUGAAGGAUUAUAUGAUGAAUGUUCAGAACAGGACAUGA